AUGUGUCUGCUGCAGAUGAGUGAAGUCAGUGUUGAUGUGAAGGCGGACACAAGUUCAACUGUAAAUGCUCCUGUGCUCACUGGAAACACUAUCACAGGAGACGUGACCAUCAUCUGCGGCUCAAACACUGCAGAUCAUCAAAACUCCACAGAGAAGCUCACACAAGAACAAGAGACUUUAGGACUGAAAGAGUUUUUGAGAAGUCAUAAGAUCUACAUGAAGGAGAAUUCAAAACAUAUUUUUGAGGGUAUGAAGGAAAAAGAAGCCGAUCUGAAUGAGAUUUACACAGAUGUGUUCAUCACAGAGGGAGAUAUGCAAGAAGUCAACAGUGAACGCGAGAUUCUGAAGAUUGAUGAUGCCUUCAAAAACACAACCAAGACAUCACAGGACAAACACAUCAAAUGCAAUGAGAUAUUUCACUCACUGAGAAACAAGAAGAAGAUUAUUCUUACCAAAGGUGUCGCUGGAAUUGGUAAAACAGUCUCUGUGCAGAAGUUUAUUCUGGAUUGGGCAGAGGGAACAGCCAAUCAGGACGUAGACGCCAUGUUUCUGUUUCCAUUCAGAGAGAUGAACCAGAUUAAACACAAACACAUCAGUUUUCAUCAGUUUCUGCUGGAAUUUUAUCCUGAAAUAAAAACAAAUGUAAUAAAGUUAACAGAGAAAUAUAAUGUGGCGUUUAUCUUUGAUGGACUCGAUGAGAGCCGCUUGAGUUUGAAUUUUGAAUCCAGAAAACUGAGUGUUGAGGAAAGAUCAUCUGUAGAUGAAAUGAUUAUAAAUUUGAUCAGAGGAGAUCUGCUUCCAUCAUCUCUCAUCUGGAUCACAUCAAGACCAGCAGCAGCCAAUCAGAUUCCUUCUAAGUUUGUAGGUUUGUUCACUGAGGUGAGAGGAUUCACAGACCAGCAGAAAGAGGAAUACUUCAGAAAGAGAAUCAAAGAUAAGAGUCAAGCUGAUGAAAUGAUCAAACACAUCAAGAGAUCUCGUAGUCUCUACAUCAUGUGUCACAUCCCCGUCUUCUGUUGGAUCACAGCUUCAGUACUUCAUGAUAUUCUCAUCCAGAACAAUGAAGAAAACAUUGACACAACGCUCACUGAGAUGUACAUUCACUAUCUGCUGAUUCAGAUGAACAUGAAGAACCAGAAGUAUGAUGAGAAAAAUGAAGAAGACUUUAAAAAGCUCUUAAAAUCCAAUAAAACCACCAUUCUGAAGCUUGCCAAGCUGGCGUUUGAGCAGCUGAAGAAAGAAAACAUCAUCUUCUAUGAGGAAGAUCUUAAAGAGUGUGAUAUUGAUGUGAGUGAAGAUUCAGAGUUCACAGGAAUGAUCGCUGAGAUCUUUAAGAAAGAAUCUGUUCUUCACAAGACAAAAGUCUUCAGCUUUAUUCAUCUUAGCGUUCAAGAGUUUCUGGCUGCGCUGCACGUCUUCAUCUGCUACAUGAACAACAACAGGAAGGACCUUGAGUUUUUCAACACACCUGAGAAGAGCAAUUCCAUAAAAACACUUGUCAUCACACUUGUCAGAAAGAUUUCUCUUCAUGACAUUCUGAAGAAGGCCAUCGAUAAAGCCAUGAAGAGUGAGAGAGGACAUCUGGAUCUGUUUUUACGCUUUCUGAUGGGACUUUCACUGGAGUCUAAUCAGAAGCUUCUCAAAGGUCUGCUCACACGCACUGAAGACACCAGAGACAGCAUCAGAAAAACAACUCAAUACAUUCAACAAUUACAGGACAAGAAGAUCUCAGAUGAAGCUUCAGUGAACCUGUUUUACUGUUUACUGGAACUGAAGGAUCAGUCAUUAUACGAGAGAAUCCAGAAAUACUUACAUCCAGAUGAUUCAGAUUCAGUCAUAGAGCUCUCAGAUUCAAUGUGUACACUGAUGAUCUAUGUGCUGCUCAUGUCAGAGAACGUGCUGGAUGAGUUCAACAUGAACAGAUAUAAGACACGGGAUAAGAAGAGACUCGUUCCAGCUGUGAGAUGUUGUAGACGAGCGCUAUUUGUUGGGUGUGAUCUGACUGCUGAGUCCUGUGAAGUUGUGUCUUCAGCUCUUCAGUCCUCUGAGUGUCCUCUGAGAGAGCUGGACCUGAGUAACAAUGAUCUGAAGGAUUCAGGAGUGAAGCUGAUCUCUGAUGCUCUCAAGACUCACAACUGUCAACUACACACACUGAGGUUGUCAGGUUGUAUGGUGACAGAUGAAGGUUGUUGUUCUGUGGCUUCAGCUCUGAGUUCACAGUCGUCACACCUGAGAGAGCUGGAUCUGAGCUACAAUCACCCACAACACACAACACUUCAGCUGCUCUCUGACACACUCAAUGAUCCAAACUACACAAUCAAUGUGAGUCAUGGAGGAGAGAGAAGAAUUACAGCAGGACUACACAAGUAUGUCUGUGAUCUCACACUGGAUCUAAACACAACACACACUGGACUCAAAGUGUCUGAAGAGAACAGAAAGAUCACAUGUCUGUUUGAGCAUCAGUCGUAUCCUGAUCAUCCAGACAGAUUUGAUGCGUGUCCUCAGGUGUUGUGUAGAGAGAGUCUGACUGAACGCUGUUACUGGGAGACUGAAUGGAGCGGAUCACAUGUUUACAUAUCAGUGUCACAUAAAAGCAUCAACAGGAAAGGAGAGAGUGAUGAGAGUCGGUUUGGACAGAAUGUAAAAUCAUGGUGUCUGGAGUGCUCUGAUGACACAUUCACUGCAUGGCACAAUACUAAUGAUACACACAUUAGUGUCUCUCCAGGUGUGUGUAAGAGAGCAGGUGUGUAUGUGGACCAGCCGGCCGGCACUCUGUCCUUCUACAGCGUCUCUGACACACACACACUCACACACUUACACACAUACUACACAACAUUCACUGAGCCUCUCUGUGCUGGAUUUUAUGUGAGUUAUAACUCAUCAGUGUGUCUGUGUGACAUAAACAGCCUCUAUAGAGCCUCCUGUUAAACACAAGAGAGACACACACAUAACCACAUGAGUUAUUACACAAAUAAAGUCAAAUCUUUCU